GGUCGCGCUGUGCAGCAGGCAGGCAGGCGUCCCCUCAGGUCGGUGCUGUGGGGCUGGGCCUGGCCCUCAGCUCCCCUCAGGGCCCGGCCUAUGAUGGUCUAUGGGCGGGCAGGCCGCGCUCUGCCCCUAAAGGAGGUCUGUAGCACCGAGGAGCUGCUCGGCGAGGUUCGUGAUGGACAACAUGGGGCUGAGGGCACGGACCGUCAGUGAUGGGGUGACAGCAUCCAGCCUGCGGGAUGAUAAAGAUGAAAAGAUAAUUGAAGAGCAAGUCACUGAAACAGAAGAUGAAAACACAGUGUACAUCCAUCCAGUGAUAGUUCAGAAAGAUUUUGUAGCAUUUGAAGAUGGACAACCAGUCGUUUCAGAAGACAGGGGUCUGGCCUGCAUACCUAAAGAAGGUUUUGAUUCCAGCACUUCAGAGAUCAUCCAGAUAGAGGAUGACUCCACCACCACCAUCCAUUGUCCUGCCAUCGUGCUCUCUGACAGACCCAUCCUGGAAGAGCAGGCAGAAACUGAGGAGAAAGACAAUUCCUUUGAUGUCAGGACCAUUAAUGCAUUAACACAGUAUGUCAACAAGGAGGAGGAAGUGCACGGCAAUGGGAAGAGGAGACGGGCCCGUAAAACUUUCCGUUGUGAGUUCCAAGGCUGUGGUCGCGUCUUCACCACUGCUGACCAUCUGAAGGUACAUGAACGUACUCAUACAGGUGACCGGCCAUAUGCAUGUUGCUUCCCAAGCUGUGGGAAGACAUUUGCUACAGUGUAUGGGCGGAAGGCCCACAUGAGAAUACAUACCAAUGAGAGACCAUACAAGUGCCCAGAGGACUCGUGUAGCAAAGCAUUCAGAGUUUCUGGUGAUCUACAGAAACACAUCCGGACACAUACAGGGGUGAGGCCCUACAAGUGCCCAUUUGAGUACUGCGACCGCUCUUUUACCACUGCCAACAUCCUCAGGGUUCACAUCCGAACGCACACAGGCGAACGUCCCUACGUGUGUCCGGAGCCCAUGUGUGGAAGGAGCUUCAGCAGCGUCACCAAUUACAAGAACCACAUAAGAAUUCACACAGGGGAGAAGCCAUAUGCCUGCCCUGUGCUGGGCUGUGGAAAGUGCUUCACGGAGUACUCCAGCCUCUACAAGCACCAUGUGGUGCAUACUCGCAGCAGGCCCUAUGGCUGCAAGGUGUGUGGGAAGGCCUACAGCCAGAAAUCGACGCUGAUUACGCACAAGUGCAGUGGCCGCAGUGAGCCCGUGGCCACAGUGGAGAGCGAAGAAUUCCUGUGUGAGCCGCAGCUGGAGGUUGCUGCUGAAGGAGGCUCCCCCAUGAAGAGCCAGCAUGUUGCUUUCUCACCAGAGAUGGAGCAGGAUAAGGAUGAAGAGGAAUAUGAUGACGAUAUGCCUACACAGGUUGAGACAGAGGAGAUCGGCUUGUCACAGGAAGACCUGCAGGACCUGGGCAGUGCAGUCAGUGUGGUGAUAGAAAGCAGUGCCCUCCCAGUGCCUGAGGAAGAGUUUGUGGAUGGUGACAUGCCCACCAUGACUAUGGUCGACACUGAUGGCAUUGAGAUGCAGCCGGUUACCAUAGUCACUUCUGGGGCAGCCAUGUCUGAAGAGUCAGCCAUCACAUCCCUCUGUCAUCAGCAGGUGGCAUUGUUGGAGACCGACAAUGGCUCCCACUUUGCAGUGCAGCUCGAAGAGCAGCAGAGCCUGGAGGAUGCCAUCAGCAUGGCAGCAGCAGCAAUCCAGCAUGAACCUGUAACACUGGAUACAACCGAUGGCUGCUGACACCCUGCAGAGCCUCCCAAGCAGGAAGAACAAGCAGCUGAGCCUGUUUCUCUGUGGGUGCAUCAGGAUCUGCAGGACCUGGGCCAGCAGGCACAUGGAAGAUGUGCAGCAUAAGAGUGAGGGAAGGAGUCUGAGAGCAGCUGGCAUGUGAUGUGCAGCAAACAGGCGGUGAGAGCCGGUGCUGGCAGUGUUGGGCUGCCAGGCUGACCGUGCCAGCAGGGCUCUUCUCUCUAUGGAGCAGUGUCCAUGACAGCUGCUACCUUCUGCUGGAGGCUCUGCAGCUUUCCUGCUCCUUGCCACGGACACUUGUCAUGGUUUUAUGACUUUUGUUAUUGGUACCCCACACCAUAACAUCAUGCAGUGCACCGGGAGUUAAAGAGUUAAUGCUCCUGUUCCAUGGACUGCUGGUAUUUCCAGGUCCCUGGUUCUCAGAAGAGAAGAACAACUGCAUCCUUCGCACGACUUCCACUGUUCUGUUUCCAUUUUCCAUUUAGAGGGAAAGAUAAAACAGUUUCCAAGUCACGAGACGCCUCCUUUUACUGCUCACCUGUGCAGUGUGAGCUCCUGGCUGUCUCACCUCCAGCUUUAGAGUAAGGCCUUUGGUUCUGGACACUCUUACUCUCUAAUUGUAUUUGAAUUUAUUAGCCUCAGUUCCAAUUAUAUUGUCUUAUAUUACA